AGUAGGGUUGUUUCUGUCAUUGUUUUAACAGGAGGAGAAGUUAGAUCUCACAUUGGCUCUGCAGCAGGAUGGGUCUGAAGGCGGCUGUCGUGCUGUGCAUUGCUAUUAUUGUCGUGGUUGCUGUUUUCGGUGUCCCCGGGUUUUGGACCGGGUUGGUGGGGCUCGGGCUCUGUCUGGCUUCGAGCAGCUCCAGGGGGUACAUCUAUGUGGCUAUGUCCACCAUCAGAAGAGAUCUCAGGUGUCUGUUUGUCAUACUAAAAGUGAAGAAGUCCAUUUACCAUCACCUCCAGAGCAAACACACAGUCCCUGAACUGUUCAUUCAGACGGCAGUGAAGCAUCCCAACAAAACUGCCCUCAUCUACGAGCCCACAGGAGAGAGUUGGACUUUCGGUGUGCUGCUGGAGGAGUGUUAUGCUGUGGCUCACUGGGCUUUGGGGCAGGGCUGGAGGGAGGGGGACGUGGUGGCCUUGUUUUUGGAGAGUUGUCCCGCUGUGGUGCCUCUGUGGUUGGGGCUGGCCAUGGUCGGAGUGGAGGCGGCUUUUAUCAACUCUAACCUCCGACAGGACCCUCUGCUGCACUGUGUCAGCGUGUCAGGGGCCAAAGCGCUGGUGUUUGGGACAGAGCUAGCGGAUGCUUUGCAGGAGGUGAGCAGCUCUUUGGAGCCUGACAUCCUUUUAUUCUGCUGUGGACAAGAGCAAAAAGAGAUAAAAAGUCUCCACAUUCACAACUUGGACGAGCUGUUGACCCGAUCACCGAAACACAAACCCAACUACUCCCUCAAGAAGGACUUUAACAACGUGUUGUUCUACAUCUACACUUCAGGGACAACAGGAAUGCCUAAAGCUGCUGUAGUGGUACACAGUCGGUAUUUCCGAAUCUCUGCUUUUGGUUUUCACUCUUUUGGUUUAAAAAGCUCUGACAGACUCUACAAUUGCCUGCCUCUCUAUCACUCUGCAGGGACUAUAAUGGGAAUAGGUCAGUGUUUGCUCUUCGGUAUGACUAUUGUAAUGAGGAGGAAGUUUUCUGCCAGCCGCUUCUGGGAUGACUGUGUCAAACAUCAAUGCACCGUUAUCCUUUACAUAGGAGAGAUUUGCCGGUACCUGGUCGCUCAGCCGGUUCGACAGUCUGAGGCUCAGCACCAAGUCCGCGUCGCCUUUGGAAACGGCCUCCGACAGUCUGUGUGGGAGGAAUUUGUCCGGAGGUUUAAAAUCACUAAAAUUGGGGAGUUUUAUGGUGCAACAGAAUGUAAUUGCAGCCUCAUAAAUAUAGACGGAAAGCCUGGAGCGUGUGGGUUCAACAGCCGUAUUUUGCCCAGUUUUUACCCUGUAAGACUGAUGCGGAUCCAGGAGAAUGGAGAGAUGCUCAGGGAUAAACAGGGGCUUUGUGUGCCUUGUCAGCCCGGUCAACCCGGCAUGUUAGUUGGACGCAUUAACAACACAGAUCCACUGAGGAGAUUUGAUGGAUAUGUCGAUAAGGAUUCGACCAAUAAGAAAAUAGCCCAUAAUGUUUUUAAGAUGGGAGACUCAGCUUACAUCUCAGGUGAUGUAAUGGUGAUGGACGAUUAUGGCUACAUAUAUUUCAGGGAUCGCAGUGGAGACACAUUUCGUUGGCGAGGGGAAAACGUUUCGACCACAGAGGUAGAGGGCGUCCUGAGCUCUCUGCUGGGACAUGCUGAUGUUGCUGUUUAUGGAGUCUCUGUACCAGGUGUGGAAGGAAAGGCUGGUAUGGCUGCAAUUGGUCACACAGGAGGUUCAUUUGACCUGGAUACAUUUUUAAUCAAUGUAAAAAAGGCUCUACCCUCUUACGCACGCCCACAAUUCCUUCGUCUGAUGUCUGUCGUCGAAACCACAGGCACCUUCAAAAUAACUAAAACUAAAUUGCAGCGAGAAGGAUUCAAGCCUCAAAACUCAAGUGAAAAGCUGUAUUUCCUGGAUAUUCGAGCUGAUCGUUAUGUGGAGGUCACCAGUGAACUGUAUCAAGAUAUAACAGAGGGAAGAGUUUACUUAUGAAACUAAGACUGAGAGCUUAUGAUAUUAUGUGUAUUAAAGAUUAAGUGUAAAAUAUAUUCAAAUGUUGUUGUUUUUUUAUAAUAAAUGUAUUUUAUAUUCUAUCAAAUUCU